UGGUCAUAACCUCGCACAGGCUCGACAGUCUCAGGCGGAGACUAGUAUUGUCGCAUCGUAGCGCCGGGCCUUGUCCAUCGAUGCCUCCAAGCAAUCUCGUAGUACAGCCCCAGAGUCCCCUCCCGAUAGGCAGGUCUGUCCAUUUCGUCUCAGGGCCGUUCGCAAAUAGAACGGUCCGUGCCGAACUAGACGAGUUGCAGAAGGCAGAUCUGGGCCGCAAGUGUGGCAACAGAGAUAGAAGGCCAUUGGACCCUCCACCUGUCGUGCGUCUCAGGCUGUUCGAGACAUUCAACGAAGGUACGCCCCAAGAGUCAGAACGUGAGGUCUCUGAUGUGAACGAAGCAGUCGCAUAUGGAUUUAUAUGCUACGUCGACCUCUUCCAGUGGCCGCCUCCUCCAUGCCCGAAUGACGCAGAACCACAGCGAGAGCCAUCGCCCCCGAAAACCAUUCCGCGUCCCACAGGUCCCCGCUCAGAAGCGUUGCCGUCUCUGGCUUCGAUUAUGACACAGUUAGUUCCUAGUUCCAGUGCGAGAGCCGACCCACAUGGCAUGGCGUAUCCAUCUAGCUCCGGCGCAGGUCCUUCUCGUCUUCCUCUGCGACCUGGGCCUCCCGCUCAUACGCCAGAAAGGCCCCUUCCGGGCACCCUCCGCGUCAGCGAUCUGCCGUUGACCUUGCCCAGUUUCUAUUACGCUCCUGCAAAUGCUGCGGGGCCUGAAAUGGAACAACAUCCAUCGGGCCAGAGAGAUCACAGCCCGGAAAGCGCUGCUGUCGUUGACGGUGUGCCCGUCCCGGAGUAUUCGAGUCGUACGCACGCGUUUGUGGGUGCCACUUUCGUGUCAGCGUCUUGUUUCCACCAUGAAGGCAGGCCAACACUUUUGUUCGUAUUCCCGGAUCUCGCCUGCAACAUGGACGGAACGUUCUUGCUCCGGUACCGAGCACUGAACCUUUUCGGCUCUGCACUCGAGACACAUACACUACCCGUCUUCGCUGAGUGCUGGGGCGGUCCUGUCAUCGUCUACCCCACCAAGGACUUCCCAGGACUAGCGGAGUCAACAGAGCUGACAAAGUACCUCUCUCGCUUUGGUGUCCCCGUGAACAUACGACAAGGUGAGCGCAAGAAGAGGAACAGAGGCGAGAAGGAGAAGAUUGAAGUUCGCGGGUCCUGAAAUUUGUCGUCCACUGAGCUUGACACAAUGGGGCAAUACCCACCUGAUACCGGGACGGCGGCUGCGCUAACGACCGGCGCGUUUUCAUCCAUUGUGGGC